AUGUCGUGCUGCUUUGGUUGGAUGUCGCUGACGCAGUCGCGUUCCUCUCUGGACAUGCGCUCAGGGGAUGGUGCUGUGGCAGCGGUUAUUGGGGCAACGCCCGCCGAGUUUGAUAUUAAUCGAUUUCCAAAGGACGGGUUUACCAGGGCGGUGUCCAGCGAUGACGGCACGCACUGCGCUUCGACUCUGCGGAGUCGCAGGAGAUUGGGUUCAAGUAUGGCUUUGGCGCAUGCGCCGCUGGUGCUGCCACGGAGCCGGGGACAGCCGCAGUGCGGCGAUCCCGCCAUCAAGCUGGCCGAAGGAGCUGGAGCAGCAGUGCCUGAUCAUCUGAGGUGCCAAAAUGUAACCGACGCCUUUGCCAACUUCGAAAAGAUUGGGAUGGGUUCGUCAAGCGUUGCCUACCGUGCGCUGAGGAUCUCGGACGGCAAAGGGGUUGUCCUCAAGGCGAGGCGUCGCAGGAACGCAGAUGAAGUGAUUUUGGCAAAGCGGGAGUUCGCUCUCUUGAAAGACCUGAAGCAUCCCAACAUAGUCGUUGCUCUAGAUUUCCUGGAAUCGCCGUGGUGCGUGGCGCUGGUGCUGGAAGACAUCGUGGGCCGCAAUCUGCGCUUGGUGGUGCGCUCGGCUGCUUCGCGUCGCCUCAACGAGCUGGGCUCCAUGCGCCUUUUCGUCCAAGCGGUUGCUGGAUUGGCUUACUUGCAUGAUCAAAGCAUUGUUCACCGGGUCGGCGAAUAUGAAGCCCGAGAAUCUGAUCAUUUCGAAGGGGGGCCUCGUGAAGAUUGUCGACUUCAAUGUUGCUUCAAACAGCGAGGCAGGCGAGCUCCUGACACCAGUGGGGACCAGAGAAUUCCAAGCCCCGGAACUUGUGAAUAA